UUUGGAACACGCUUAAUGACUGUGCCGAAGUUUGUUUGUUUUUAAAUUGCUCUUUAAAGAAAAUCAACUGAUUUCUGGAAUUAUUUUCUCUAAAUAUGAAUAGCUCGGACAUAAAUGGCAGUUGCCUUUUUGAUGGAAAAUCAGAAAUUUAUACAGAAUUUGAUUGCCAUCUCUCAAAUCAUGAUAGUGAAGGACAAAAUGUAACAAAACAAUCAGCACUUGAUGUUGUUCAAAGUGAAUCAAUGAGAAGGCUAAAUAAGAAUGAUGCGAGUGUGGAUGAAAAAAUGGCAUUACUAAAAACAAGUUCUUUUGUAGUAUCACCUGAAACUUAUAAGGCACUAAUGGAUAGCUUGUAUACAUCUAGACUGUGGUUUCUGAGAGCCAGAAAUAUUACAAUGAAUCAACUUAAUGUCUACAAAGAGGAGGCCAUUGAGCAUAUGCAUGAAAUAAAGAGUAUCAUUCAUGAAGAGAUGGAAAAUCCGGAAGCUUCUGUUGGAUCAUUAGCUCAAGAGUUAGUCAAGACUGGCACUGAAGUCAUCAGAAAUCAACAAGCCUUGAACAGAAUAGAGAUGGAAGAGUUAUUAAAAAAUUUGGAUGGCUUGUUAGAUACAUUAAGUUCUGAUAUUAAGGAAGUCAAAAACCUAGCAGAGCCUGAUUCUGAUGAAGAAAGCAAGAACAGAUCUUACGUGGAUUUAAUCUUCGAUUAUGGUCAUUGGUGUUUGUUCGUUCUAUGUGCUCCUAUUGUUUUAAUUAUAGGGCUAUCUCGAUACGUACCAGCAUUUCAGAAAUAUUAAUAGAUUGAAUUCCUUUUAAGAAUUUAAUUUUGUUCAACUUAUUAUGAGAAUUUGAUUUGUUUCUCUAAACGUUUUAUGAAUAAAAUUUGUUAGCAAAUAUAUAAAUU